AUGGGAUUGUUUUCCCGCAAGGACAAGACGCCAAAGGCCGAUCAGGCCAUAAACACUUCUCAAUCCAAUGUGAGCGUGAACUCGCACUCGUCAAGCUUGAGAUCGCCUGCCGCUGGCGCCAACCGCAACCCCAUGAAUCGAACUUCUGCUACCAGCACAAAUGGCCCAAUGUCUCCAGUCAAACUACCAAAGAUCGAUCUCCCUCGACCUCCGGACCCUCAGCUCGACCCUGCCGGUUAUCUGCGAAGUCUUGGAGCUGUGAGAGAGCGAAGCAAGAUUGUCACUGACAAGGCCCUGCGCAAUGAAUUGAAGCAUUUUGAUGUAGACAUGAGCAAGUUUCCCGAUGUGGUUACUUUUGUUACUGGAAUUAUCAAGCGAGAUUACGACGCUCCUUAUUUCAGCAUUCCCAGUCACGGUAGAUACCAGCACUUUGCCGUUGGUGGCCGAGAUCGCAUCGCACAGCUACUUUCCACCUGGCCUAGCAACGUUGACAACACAGAGCGCUGCCGACGUUUAAUUGAUCUUUUCCUCGUCAGUGUACUUCUAGACGCUGGCGCUGGAACUUCCUGGACCUACAAGAGCAGUGAGAAUGGUCGCGUGUACAGAAGAUCAGAGGGUAUCGCAGUCGCCAGCUUGGAGAUGUUCAAGAGUGGCCUGUUCUCUGGAAACCCCAACAACAAAUUUCAAGUCGAUAAGGAUGGCCUCAAAACUCUUACCGUGGAGAAGCUUGCUGCUGGCCUUCAAUCGAAACCUGGCAACGAGAUGGCCGGUAUUCAGGGUCGCACUGACAUGCUGAUCCGCCUUGGUGAAGCUUUGGCCGCCAAGGAUGAUUUCUGGGGUUUCGAAGGUCGCCCUGGAUGCUUGAUCGACCACCUUCUCGGCCACCCCUCAACACAGGCAUCAUCCAUGCUUAUUGUUCCCCUGCCCGUCCUGUGGAACGUAUUGAUGACCGGACUGGCCCCUAUCUGGCCGGCAAACCGAACAGCUAUCAACGGCGUUUCGCUCGGCGACGCUUGGCCUUGCCAGGCGAUGCCUCAACCCGGCGCAUCCCCCAAGGUCUCCGCUUUCCCCAAUAGCUCCAACGCCGCUGCCUGGGAGUCCAUCCUACCAUUCCACAAGCUCACACAGUGGCUCACAUACUCGCUUAUGCAACCCAUGCAGCAGCUCCUCAAGAUGCAUUUCGCUGGAACAGAACUGCUCACUGGUCUACCCGAGUAUCGCAAUGGUGGCCUAUUCGUCGAUAUGGGUGUCUUGAACGUCAAGAAGGAUGAUCAAGAGAGAGGUCUACAGAACUAUAACGAGUGGGUGCAACGGACAGGCGCCAAGGGUGUCGAGGUCGCACCCAUGUUCGAGCCCAGUGAUGAUGUUAUUGUCGAGUGGAGAGGUGUCACAGUCGGUUUCCUCGACAUGCUCUGCGAAGAGGUCAACAAAACUCUCAAGCCAGAGCUGGGCGGAAACGAAUUGAGUUUGGCACAGGUGCUGGAGGCUGGUAGCUGGAGGGGUGGCCGCGAGAUUGCCGAGAUCAACAGACCCAACACCAAGGAGCCCCCGAUCCUGAUCGAGAGCGAUGGCACCGUAUUCUAA